UAUCAUUCUCUCCCUCGUGUUAAUUGUUCUUUGUUAUCGUUUUUGUUUUUGUUCUUGAUUUUGUUUUUACUCCUUUCAACGAGUUCUUUUCGAAAAAUAACAUUAAAAAUGGUUCGUGCACUCGAACAAGAACAGGAAAGUUACAUUUCUAGGUUGUUUCAUUUCAGGGGUAUGAAUGAGAACACAGGAAGACAUGCAAAGAGUUUGAGCAUUGAGAGUGCUAGUAGAUUAGAAGAGGGAGCUUUGGAUGAAGAGGUAGCAGUUAGAAGUCAGCCAUCAAGACCUCCAAAUGAUCUACCAUCUUCCAAUAGAAACGACAAGGCUCUCAGGUCAAGUCUCAGCAAGGAAGAAAUCGCUGCCUACCAGGCCAGAGAAAAACAGCUAUUAAAUGAUAUGGCGCAGAUGAAGGACAGGUUUGCUAAAUUACUCUUAGGUGAGGACAUGUCAGGUGGAGGGAAGGGAGUUUCAUCAGCUCUAGCACUGUCAAAUGCCAUUACAAACCUUGCUGCUUCUAUCUUUGGUGAGCAAUCGCGCUUAGAGCCUAUGGCAGAUGAAAGGAAAGCAAGGUGGAAAAGGGAAAUAGAUUGGCUCUUGUCUGCAACUGAUCACAUUGUUGAACUUGUUCCCUCUCAACAGAAAAACAAGGACGGAGCAAACAUGGAGAUAAUGGUGACAAAGCAACGAACAGAUCUUCAUAUGAACAUUCCUGCCCUUCGGACACUUGACACAAUGCUUAUCGAUUGCCUAGAUUCCUUCAAGGACCAAAAUGAAUUCUAUUAUUUGUCAAAAGAUGCCCCAGACUCCGAAAAGGGGAACAACAAGAGAAAAGAUGACAAAUGGUGGCUGCCUACUGUUAAAGUUCCCAAAGAGGGUCUGUCAGAUGCAUCAAGAAAAAAUCUGCAGAGCCAAAAGGAAUCUGUUACUCAAGUGCUUAAAGCAGCAAUGUCAAUUAAUGCCCAAGUUCUGUCAGAGAUGGAGGUCCCUGAAAACUACAUUGAAUCCCUCCCCAAGAAUGGGAGAGCUAGUCUUGGUGAUUCAAUCUAUAGGAGUAUCACAGUCGAAUUCUUUGAUCCUGAUCAAUUUCUCUCCACUAUGGAUUUAUCAUCAGAGCACAAGAUUUUAGACCUCAAGAAUAGAAUUGAGGCAUCUAUAAUAAUAUGGAAGAGGAAGAUGAACCAAAAGGAUGGAAAAUCAACUUGGAGUUCUGCUGUCAGCUUUGAGAAGAGAGAACUCUUUGAAGAGAGAGCUGAGACCAUCCUACACAUUAUCAAACAUCGGUUCCCAGGACUUCCUCAAUCUUCACUAGAAAUCAGCAAAAUCCAAUACAACCAGGAUGUAGGGCAGGCAGUCCUAGAGAGCUAUUCAAGAAUACUGGAAAGCUUGGCCUUUACGGUCUUGUCCAGAAUUGAAGAUGUCCUCUCUGCUGAUUAUACCGCCCAAAAUCCGAGUCAAGCAUCAAACAAACGCAACCCUUUAAAGGAUGACAGCCAGCCUACUUCGGUGGUUUCAAGCCCAAGAUGUGAUGUGGAGACAACAAAUUUAAUGACCCUCUCCGAUUUACUUACUUGGAGUUUAGAUCAAAAUGACUCUGAGGAAAAGAUGGACUCGACCGAUGACUUAUCCAAAGACGGUGAUGCAAAGCACAUGCAAAAACUAAACAUAGUGACUAACAAAAAGGUUUCCUAUCUUGAGAGCCUGGGUGGAUUAAGAAGCCCUACUGCACGCCAUUAAUGACAACAAUAGAGGAGAAGAUUGAGGGAAAGGAAUAGAAAAACUGGAAACAGUUAGAGAGAUUGAGGGAGAGAGUGUGAUAGACGAAAGGAAUAUAAGAAAACUAGAUGGGAUUACUCUGACUUGUGGGCUGCUUGUUACAUUCUGUAUUUCUGUUCCUUUUGUAAAUAGGGAAGAAAACUCAAAAUAUGGAGUUUAAAGCAUUCCAUAUGUGCUAUCUUUAAAAA